AUGUCGUCUGCUCGCAUCUACAUUGGACAUCUCUCGAGCCGCGCUUCUGAACGGGAUGUAGAACACUUCUUCCGAGGCUACGGGCGCAUUCGGGACAUCGUGCUCAAAGACGGAUUUGGAUUUGUCGAAUUUGAAGAAACACGCGAUGCCGAAGAUGCUGUCUACGAGCUGAACGGAAAGGACUUGUGUGGGGAUCGGGUGAUUGUCGAGUUCUCGCGUGCCCGUGGAAGUGAUCGUGAUCGUGGCCGUGAUCGAGGGCGGGAUUACGACCGCGGCGAUCGUUAUGGAGGACGUGGUGGAGGCGAUCGUCAUGGACAAAGAAAUAGCAGAUAUGGACCACCAACUCAAACUCGUCAUCGUCUCGCCGUUGACAAUCUAUCCAGUCGUAUAUCCUGGCAGGAUCUGAAGGACAUGCUUCGCAAAGCCGGAUGCGAAGUUACAUAUGCUGAUGCCCACAAGGUUCGCAAGAAUGAAGCUGUUGUUUGCUUCGCUUCGCGUUCGGACUUGCAACUAGCUGUGGAGAAGUUCGACGACAAGGAUAUCAAUGGGCGCCGCCUGAAACUCACGGAUACCACCGAGGGAAGCCGCUCGCGUUCCCGAAGUCGUUCUCGUUCACGCUCGGGGCGUCGCUCUCGCUCAAGAUCGGCUCGUCGUUCACGCUCACGCUCGUCAUCUCGUAGUCAAUCAAGGGACCGCUCUGCUAGUCCAAAGAAGAGAAAGAGCAAGUCGCGCUCGGAGUCACGUUCGCGCUCUCGUUCCCGCGAUGGUUCCAAUGGUCGAGACAAAUCUCCUAGUCGCUCAGGCUCAGCAGAUAAAAGCUACGACAAAGCAAAUGGAAACUCCCCUGCUAAAAAUGGAGAUCGCUCCGAGGAGGAG